AUGGAACUAGUACGGCGGUAUAAAUACAACCGGACGGAGAAUGCCGGCACAAAUCUUCAAACCGAGAUGCGUCUAAAUUUGGCACUUUGGUCCUCGCUGGCCACUGUGUCAAACGCAUUAUCCUGCUAUCAAUGCAGAACGCGUUUGGAUCACAUGGGGGAACCCCUGCCCCUUGAAGAUCUUGACUGCAUCGACAAUCCAAGCCAAGACUACCAAAAGCAAUGCCAAAAUGUAAACGAUAAGUGUGGAAUGAGCGUCUCAUACGAUUGGGGACUCAAUGGAAAGCAGCUGGUUACUUUCCAGCGAGAGUGCGUUCCUCAGAACGAUAUCCAGUACCCCCAAGCCGAUGACUUCACCGUUUGCCGAGGAAAUGACAACAUCGUUCCCCACCCUCCUAUUCUCUACCGAAGUUGUCUUCGCCGAUGCGACCCUACCAUCAAUAACAACCACUGCAACGGCGCUGAGAUGUACACUGACAUGCUUCCUGACCUCCUAAUUGAUGCAAAACCCGACCUUUCCUGUAGAAAAUGCAGCUAUGUCAAGCUCAGUGACGGGAAUGUCGUCGGCAACGAAAAUUGCUACGAGAAUCCUGAAGAUCCUGGAAUCGAAUCUCGACAGUGCCCAGAAUACCUUAACCGAGCUUGCUUUAAUGCACACGAAUGGGUUUACGAGCAACAGCAAGGAAAUGAUUACUACCUUGAAGAAGAUCAUCGUGGCUGCUCUGGAUUCGAUCUUGCUGAGGGAGCAACUGACGAUAUCAUCCAAGAGUGCGAAUCCGGUGUCACUGAUAGCGGCGCUUACAGCGAGUGUAAAUCGACCUGCAAGACCAACAACUGCAACGUCAAGAUCAUCACCAAGAGAAACAGCUGCAAGACCUGCUCCGUUUCCGUCGACCAAUUCAACAAUACCCUCUCUGGCGACAUCCGAUGCUGGGACGAUGCUGAUGAUGCCAUGUCCGAGGAGUGCCCCGCCGACGGUGACUACGUCUGUCAGACUGACAUGGAAGUCGACUGGCCAUGGAACGGCGAACCAUUUUACACCAUCCGACGAGGCUGCGUCAAGAAAGAUCUUGUUCAGGACGGAUGCGUCCUCCAGGGCUCAAUUGGUGGUGUCGCCUACCAGAUCAAGGAUUGCUAUGAGAACUGCGAUCCCGACGUCGAUGGCGAUGACUGCAAUACUGGCAUGGGCGUCGCUGCUCUUUUCCCUCAGUCUGAAGAUCAGAAAGACUUUAUUCAGCAAAGCUGCAAAAGUUGCGACUACGAGGAGACCUCUAGCUCUGUCAAUGGUAACCCGAGCUGUCCUGACAACACCAACAAAGUCGACAGCGUCGCUUGUCCACUUUACGCUUCGGCAAGCUGCUUCACUGCUUCUUACACAAGUCUCAACGACGCUACUGGAGUUCUUCUGAAAAAAUCCACUCGAGGCUGCUCGACUUUCGCGAUCGAUACAGGAUCACCAACCGCGCCAAAAUGUGACCAAAUUCCAAACAGCUUCGAAGGCUACUGUAAAAAUACCUGCAACGGUGGUCGAGACUGCAACAACGAGCAAGUCACUGAUCCACCGAUGCCUAUUUCUGGUAAUUGGGCGAUUUGUCAGCAAUGUUCUGAAACCGUCGACAGUGCAAACAAGACUCUUGGUCUUGGCGACCGGGGUUGUUUCGCUGAUGGCCGUGGCUACGCACAGACCUGUCCCAACAAAGACGACAUGUGCGCAACCGAGCUUCUGUCUGAUUGGGAUCCAAAGGGUCGAAUGAUUUACACUAUGGAUCGAAAGUGCACAACUCAAAAAACUGAAACUCAGUGCUUUACUGGAUCAUCUUCUUACAUUCAGUACAAAGACUGCACCGCCCUCUGCGAUCCAUCUGUCAUGGGAUCCGGAUGUAAUGUUGACCUUGAAUCCGUUUCUGAUAAGUACGAUGUCGGCGCUGUUGAUUCUUGCUACACCUGCGAGUACAUCGUUGAUGAUAGUGGUUAUGGCAAUGGACUUCCCAAUUGCGGCGAAGGUAUUGAUGGAUCAAGCAAUGUUCCAACUCUGACAUGCCCUCGAUAUGCAAAUGCUGCUUGCAUUCACGCUGCUGGCCGACAUGAGGUUUCAACCGGGAUUGCUCAAGAUGAACACAGAAGCUGCGCUCCAUUUGAAUACACAAACAAUGAUUCCUGCUAUGAGUUUUUCAGCGGUGGAACUUCUUUCACUACUUGUAAGAACUCCUGCACCAGCAACAACUGCAACACCGACGAGCUCACACUCAACAAAGACAACAUGUGUCACGUCUGUACUGCUACCAUGGACCAUACUGGUGAGCUUCUUGGUGCUUCCGAUCCUUCUUGCUUCGACAAACUCACCGAUAACACCCUUACAGCCUGUCCCGGUGUCUGCCAAGAUGAGAUGAUCAUCGAUUGGGCGCCAAAUGGAAACCAGCUUGCUCAGAUUCGACGAUCUUGUGGCCCAGCCCAACUUGACAACAAUAAUGGCCAGUGUAUUUCUGGAAACUCACAAUUCUUGAAAUACAAAGAUUGCAUCGCUCAAUGCGAGGGAAGUGGCUGUAACAAUGACCUCUCAGUCGGUGACUUGUACAAUGGUGGACAGGUUGAUAAGUGUCUUACUUGCAAGUACACUGAGUUCGAUGAUGGAACUGUUAAUGGAAAUAGGGAAUGCCUUGAUGAUACAUGGAAAGACUCUUCUGACUGUCCAAACUACAUGUCUAACGCUUGCUUCACUGGAAGCGCCAACCACAACUACAAUAACGUUCUCAAGCAAGAGACCUACAAGGGCUGCUCCGCUUUCGUCCUUGAAGAGGAUGAAAAAGUCACCUCAAUCAUCGACGGCGUUGGAUACUCCCUUUCAAAGACAACAUGUAACAGCAAUGACUGUAACGACAAACACAUCGUUCCCGAUCCCAUCGGCGAGAACCCAGGUCCCAUCGAUGGAAGUUUCUGUCAAGUUUGCUCUGUAACUCUUGACCAGGAAGGAGAAGUUCUCGGAUCUGGCAAUACUGCCUGUUUUGAAGGAGAUGUUCAGUUCCUCCAGAUGUGUCCCGAGGGGAACUUCUGCAAGGCCGAUCUUGAAAUCGACUGGCUCGCAAAGGGUGAAAUGACUUACCGAAUGAUCCGAGGCUGCACUACUCAAAAGACCGCUCCUCCUUGCUACACCGGAUCUACCCAGUUGAUUCAGUACAAAGAUUGCUCUUCCGUGUGUGAUCCAACUGAAAACGCCGGCUGCAACAGCGGAAUUAAAGAAAUCGAGGAUCAGUUCACAACUGGAAAUGUUGCUAUGUGCAGACAAUGCGCCUACACUCAAUCAGAUGAAGGAACCGUCAAUGGUAACCAAGACUGUGGAAGCAACCCAUCCGCAGUUCCAUCAAGGGUCUGCCCCAAAUACUCCGAUGCUGCUUGCUACAGUGCUGCUUCUUUCCACAAAUCAUAUUCUGGUAACGGUGAAGAAAUCGAAGAGGACUUCCGUGGAUGUUCUCCAUUCCCACUCAAUACCAACAGAGAUGAGUGUGUUAGCACCAGUGUUUCCGGACUUGACCAUACCAACUGCAAGAACACUUGUGGCUCGAGCAACUGUAACACCAAACAACUCAGCACUAAGCACAGAUGCGUUGAGUGUUCUGCUACUAUUGAUGCUCAAGGAAAUCUCAUUGGAAAUAGCAACCCUAAUUGCUUCGACAACGCAGAUAGACUUUCUCUGACUGAGUGUCCCACCGGAUCCGACACCUGCGAGACUGAGAUUCUUGUCGACUGGUUCGCUCGAGGAGAUCAACAAACGACGAUUCGACGAAAAUGUGUCCCUGCUCCUACCAAUACCAACCAACCAUGCAUCACUGGUGCAUCUCAAACCUCCGGAUUCCGAUACAAGGACUGCUUCACUCAAUGCCAGGAAGAAGGUUGUAACAACGAUCUUGAGUCCAUUGGCUCUCUUUUCGACGACGAGGAAGACUACGCCGAUAUCGACGAGUGCAUCCAAUGCAAAUACCUUGAAAAUGAAGAUGGGACUGUUUCCGGAAACAGAAACUGCUGGGAGCCAAGCUCUUCUCUCAAGGGAAGCUGCCCCAGAUAUGCUCGAUCUGCCUGCUACACUGGUAGCUACAGCCAUGCUUACAAUGGCGAAAACUUGGAAGAAGUCUGGAAGGGUUGCUCUUCCUUUAGACUUGAUGAUGAUAACAACCCUGAAUACAUGUCCGGCGCUCUCCCUGGUGGCGACAAUUUCAACGCUGUCAAAGAAACCUGCUCUUCUGCCAAUUGCAACCUUGACUCCAUCCAUGCUCCACCAACAGAGCCAGAUAACAGCUUCAAAUGCUACGAAUGCAUGGUCACUCUUGAUCAUCUUGGAAAUGUUUACGGCCAGGGCGACAAAGCUUGCUUUAACAAUCCACGAGCCGAUAUGCUCGUCGAGUGCGAGUCCGGACAGUGCCGAACCGAAAUGCUUGUUGAUUGGUACCUCAAGGGUGAGCAGCUUGUCCGAAUGGACCGACGAUGCGCUCCAAAAGCUGCACCACCACCACAAGAAUGCACUGUCGGAGAGACAAGCAUGAUGCAGUGGAAGGAUUGCAUGUCUUACUGCGCUGGACAGCAAUGUAAUGAUCGUGAUGAGUCUGAUUACGUCAUGUCUCUCUUUGAUGCGAGAAACGGUGAAACGCUCGAGUGUCACUCUUGCACAUACGCUAAGGAUCAGUUCGGGGCAAUUGUCGGUGGAUCUCGAGAGGAAUGCCAAAAGCCAGAUGUUUCAAACGAAGGCUUUAUUGUUGAGUGCCCAGUUUACGCGAAUGCCGCUUGCUUCACUGCUGCUUCUUGGCACACCGAGGGUCUUAAUGAACUCGAAGAAGAUUACAAAGGCUGCUCUACUUUUGACAACAGAAACAUCCCCUGCUACGAUUGGGAAUUCGGAACCGACAAAUACCAGACCUGCAAAGAGACCUGCAACACUGAUGGAUGCAACUCGAGAACUCCCGAGCGAUCGAUUUCCUGCUACCAGUGCACAACUACUGUCGAUUCUAGCAACAAGACCAUCGGUAUCGGUGAUGCUAAUUGCUUCACUGACACUCCAAGUGACACUUACCUUCUCCCAUGUCCUCUGGAUGCUCAAGUUUGCUCGGUUGAAAUCGCUGUUGACUGGCUUAUUACAGGUGAGCAAUACUACAAAGUCAAGCGAAGCUGUGCUGCUGAGAAAGUUGCUGAAGAAUGCGUGGACUCUGUCACCGGUAACGGUCAAUACUUCUUCAAAGAUUGCUUCAGCGACUGCGAGGGCAAUGGUUGCAAUAAGGAAAUGACUGACGCUGCUCUCAAAUACCAGGACGCCGCUGACCCAGCGCACAUUCAAGACUCUUGCUACACAUGCGAUUUCAUCGAGCAAGACAAUGGAGAUACUUCUGGAAACAGUAAAUGUGGUGAUGAACCUGCGCUUAUCGGCAAUGCUGAUAAAGCCUGCCCUCUUUAUGCCAAUAGAGGCUGCUUCACUGGAACCAACGCUCAUUUUGACUCCGGCGAUAUCUACCGAGAACAAGUUCACAAGGGCUGCUCCUCAUUCGUGCUCAACGACAAGUUCCUCGGCCAAGAAUGCGGUGCCAUCAACGAUCCUGCCGACGAACAACGACUUCUUGGCGUCUGCAAAGAGACAUGCAAGGGCACAAACUGCAACGAAGAGCACAAGCGACCCUGCAUUCCCGGAUAUGAUGAAGGAUGUGAUGUUAUCAGCUGCUACCAGUGCGACGUCACUGUCGACCAGUUUAACAACACUAUCGGUCUCGGUGAUCCCGGAUGUCUCUCCGACGAUCCAACUGGACUUGCCAUUCAAGUCUGCGACAAUGAACAGCCUUUCUGCAUGUCUGAAAUCGAAACCGAUUGGUACUCGAAUGGCGUCCACCAGUUCCGAUUCAAACGAGGCUGCUCCCGAUCGAAGGCAACAGAAGAGUGCUUCGACUUCACUGGUGCCAAUGGUCAAACUUACUUCAAGGAUUGCCAGAUCUCUUACGAAAACAGCUUCGGAAACGCACAGAUGACGCCCGUCGCCGAAAAAUUCGAGGACGACCAGGACGAGCACAUCCACAGCUGCUACGCUUGCAACUACAACGAGUACGAAGACGGAACCGUCAACGGCCUCCCAAGCUGCGGAGAAACACCUGUGGAUACGAUUGAAUGUCCAUGUUACGCCUGCGCUAGCUGCUACACUGGAACAGAAGCUCAUUACAACGCAGAUGGAACUAUCAUCGAGUCAAUCUACAAGGGUUGCUCCCCAUUCAUCGUGAAAGAGAUGUUUGGCAAUCCAACUUGCUACGAGCUCGACGAUAUUGACUCUCAAGGUCGACGAUAUGGAACUUGCAAGCAGACUUGCUCCGAAGAAAACUGCAACGAGGGUCACCAAAGACCUUGCCUUGAAGGCGAAGACAACUGCGUCAACCCAACUGCUCCACCAUCGACAACCCACUCAACAUCAACAACAAGUGCGGCCGCAGCAACAGGAGUUUUCACCACACUUCUAGCCCUCUUCGCUUCAUUCCUCCUCUUCUAG